CGGGGGUGUGUCUAAUAUGACGUCGAUCCUUCAGUAAUCCCGGAAGUCAGGCUGCAGACUUUCAGCAUUGAAGUGAAUCUGCAAACUUUGAAAGCACCUCAUCAAUCAGAAAUCAGGAUGGCACCGAAGAGAAGGGCAGCAUCAAGUGCAAAAGCAGGCGGAAAGAAGAUAAAAGAGGAGCGUGAAGCUACACCAAAAGACAAGUUCACCUCCGCCAAAGAAGCACUGAAGGCAGCAGAACCACAGGUUAAGAGCACGAGGAACCCAGACAGUUUCUGUCUUUUAUCAGGCGCUGUGGUUCACGAAGAUUAUGACUGUAUGCUCAACCAAACCAACAUUGGACAUAACAACAACAAAUUCUAUGUAAUCCAAGUCUUGGAGUUUGGAGGGAAGCACUAUUGCUGGACAAGAUGGGGAAGAGUGGGAGAAUCAGGACAGAACAAUUUAGCAGGUCCAACAAACGCUGAUGCAGCCAUCAAAAACUUUGAAAAGAAAUUCAAAGACAAGACCAAGAAUAACUGGAGUGAUCGAGAAAACUUUGUCUCACAUUCAGGAAAGUACACAUUGAUAGAGGUAGAUGGAGACCAGGAUGCAGAAGUGAAGGUGGAUACAGUAGACAGCGGAGAUGUGAAGAAAACCGAACAACACGUUCAGCCUUGUAUGCUGGAUGAGAACACUCAAAGGCUUAUUAAUUUCAUCUUCAACAAUGACAUGUUCAAGGAAGCCAUGACCAACAUGAACUUGGAUAUUAAGAAGAUGCCACUGGGGAAACUGAGCAAGCAGCAGAUAGCCAAAGGCUUUGAGGUUUUGGAGGAGAUUGAAGCAGCGAUCAAGAAUGGGCAACGGAACAAGUUAGAAGGUCUCACCUCCAACUUUUUUACCAGAAUUCCUCAUAACUUUGGCCGCAACAGACCGCCUGUGAUCUCUGAUGACGCUGUACUUCAGAGCAAGAAGGAGAUGCUUCUGGUCCUCGCAGAUAUUGAGAUCGCCCAGAGUCUCAAAGCUGAAUCUGAGAAAGCGAAGGAGGAGAUGGUGGACACAGUGCCUCAUCCGAUAGACCAAAAUUUCCAGUCUCUCAAAUGCAAACUUACCUUAGUGGAUAAGAAGUCCAAAGAAUAUAAGAUUAUUGAAAAAUACCUAAAAGCCACCGGACAACCAGGACUGACUUUGAUUGAUGUCUGGGAAGUUGACAGAGAUACAGAGGCUGAGCGCUUCAAGGAAAAUUAUGCUUUGGAGAACCGGAAGUUGCUUUGGCAUGGAACAAAUGUGGCUGUUGUUGCAGCCAUUCUGAAGAGCGGCCUUCGCAUCAUGCCCCAUUCUGGUGGCCGAGUGGGCAGGGGAAUCUAUUUUGCCUCUGAAAACAGCAAAUCGGCUGGAUAUGUUUGUCCUUCCAACAAAAUUGGGAUCAUGUUUCUAAACGAAGUUGCUCUGGGAAAAGAGCACACCAUCACAACAGAUGACUCCAGCUUAAGGAAGCCUCCUGCUGGCUAUGACAGUGUAGUUGCACGCGGACAGCAAGAACCAGAUCUCUCCAAAGAUGUCUUCAUUGAGUUUGAUGGUAAAAAGGUGGCUGUUCCUCAGGGCAACGUCGUAAAACAGCCGCAGUAUGGAGGAAGUUCUUUCUACAAUAGUGAGUAUCUCAUCUAUAAGGAAAGCCAGUGUCGCAUCCGAUACCUCCUGGAGCUGCGAUUCCCAUAUUAAAAUGAAUAAUAGCUAAAUAUAUUGGCACUUAUGAAUCCCACCUCUGCUGUGCGGUUGCACUUUCGCCAUAGAGCGGUUAAAUGUUAAGUUGUGAUUAUUGCUAUAGACUUAUUUUUGUAGAAUGAAGGAUCGGUUAAAUACAGGGGGGUAAUACAGUACGGUUCAUUUGGAUGGUUUAUACUCAUUUGUUUGAGAGGACUUUAAGUUAGUAAAGGCUAAUAUUUAAUUGAUACCAUACAUUAAUUUCCUUGUUCCUUGUAAAGAAUUUGUUUGAUAAUAUUGUACUCUGACACAUUUAAAGUGAGGAUUGAAUGGUUCAGUACUACAACUUUUUUAUAACAGUUUAUGUUAUUACCUUGACUGCAGACUAGCAUACAAAGUAGCAAAUGUGUACACAUUUAAACGUUGUAAAAAUGUUGUAUAUGCAAUAUUUAAAUCAAGAUUAUAUUUCUGUUAGAUAGCAUGUUAUUCUGUUUAGGUUUGGUUGGCUCAUGUUGGCUCUCGUUUUGGAAAAAGAAUGUCUGUGAAAAUCUGUCCUCUUUUAAAAUUCAAACUUCUGUCAAAUGUUCCUCAUUAAAGUUUAAUUUGCACUAA